AAUACGUCUUCGUUGCGCGAAGGCGCCUCCCUCCUUCCCUCACAGAAUUCCCAAAGCUCCUCUGUCCUCAGAACGGAAGCGAGGCGCCGGCGAUGAGCUCCCCCUCCGCCUCCGCCUCCGCCUCCGGACAACCUGAUCCAACUCCGACCAACCUUUCACCAAAACCUCUCCCCUCCUCCUCCGACUCAGCCUCAGCCACUCUCCAGUCCUCCCCACCAAACCCUAAAUCCCUUGCGCCACCACCAAUACCAAAACCAAAUGCGGCGGCGGGGGAGGAGGAUUGCACGCCGCGGAUGGACAUGGAGUUCUCGUCGGAGCAACACGCCUACGAUUUCUACCGCCGCUACGCCUCCAAGGCCGGUUUCAGUGUCCGCAGGCGGUACACCAACAAGAGCAAGAAGACCGGCGAGGUUACCUCCUGCAAGUUCGCCUGCUCCCUCGAGGGCUUCAACAACCGCACCUCCCACAUCUCCAUCACGCCACCAAGCUCCAGCACCAGCUCCAGGAGGACCGGCUGCAACGCCCACCUCAUCCUCCGCCGCACCGAGCACGGUUUCCAGGUCUACGCCUUCCAGCCUCGCCACAACCAUCCACUCUUCCUCUUCCCUCCUCAGCCUGCUGCUCUUCUUCCAUCUCCGGGUUUUUCACUACAUUCUUCUUCCUUUUCUACUCAAAGCACCGACGAUGAUGCCACCGCAUUGCCCCUUCGGACCCGGAGGCAGUGGGAGAUCAAGUAUGGAGAGGCUGCCGCUCUCCUGAAUUACUUACGGCGACAGUCUCUUGCCGACCCCUCGUUCCACCACGCUGUGCAGCUGGAUGUUGAGGAUAAAGUGGCUAAUGUUUUCUGGGCUGACGCCAGGAUGGUUAUCGACUAUAGUCACUUCGGUGAUGUUGUCGCCUUUGAUGUUCUCUCUAGGAACUGUAUCAGCCUCCGUCAUUUCGCCUCCUUUGUUGGCUGCAACAGUUUCGGCGAGCCUGUUAUUUUUGGACUGGCGCUCAUGUAUGACGAGACUUGCGAAUCUUUCCAGUGGCUGUUCCAGACCUUCCUGCAUGCAAUGUCUGGACAAGCGCCAAAGACUUUCUUUUCACAUCAAGACACGGUUAUCACAAAGGCCGUUUCGUUAGCGAUGCCUUGUACAAGUCAUGCUAUAUGUGCGUGGCACGUAAAGCAUGCUGCAACCAGGAACGUAAAUCGGCUCGCGAAAGGUCACUGCGAUUUUAUCAAGGAGUUCAAAGCAUGCAUCAACAAUUAUGACGAGGAGGCAGAAUUUCUUGCUUCUUGGGAAGCUAUGAUCAAUAAGUAUGACCUUCGUGACAACGUAUGGUUGCACAAGUUAUUUCAAGAGAAAGAAAAGUGGGCUAGACCCUAUGCAAAAGGGAUCUUCUCAGCUGGCAUGAGCACAAGAUUGAAUGAACGCCUGAAUUCUGAUGUGCGGGAUCAUUUGAGAGCCGAGGUUGAUAUUGUUUUGUUCCUGAGGCAUCUUCAGAAAGUGAUCAAGGACAGGCGGUACAAAGAAUUGGAGUUUGAGUAUAGUUCAAGGUUGAAGUUACCUUGCCUAAAAAUUAGAGCCCCUAUGCUGACACAAGCUUCUGAGGUCUAUACCAGUAUGAUCUUUCAGCUUUUCCAAGAAGAAUACGAGGAGUUCCAGUCAGCUUACAUUGUGAAUCGUGAUGAAGGUGGUCCCUGUCGAGAGUAUAUUGUCUCGAUUGUUGAAAAAGAGAAGCAAUAUACAGUUUAUGGGAGCUCAAUGGAGCAGACAGUUUCAUGCUCAUGUAGGAAGUUUGAGACGAUUGGCUUCUUGUGUAGCCAUGCGCUGAAAAUUCUAGAUACUAUGGAUAUAAAGUAUAUACCAGAUAGAUACAUCAUGAGGCGCUGGACCAAAUAUGCAAGGUGCUUAACCUCACCGGAGGUUCUAGGUCAAACAGUGCAAGCAGAGCGAUCAGAGGAAAUUUCUAACCGCUAUCAGCACAUGUGCCCGAAGUAUGUUAGGCUUGUUGCCCGGGCAUCUGAAUGUGAGGAGUCCUACAGAGUACUAGACCAAUUUUGGGGAGAACUUAGUGAGAAAGUUGAAGAAAUCCUACAGAAACAGAGCAUUGGCACAUCUGUGACACAGCCUGAUGUUCACAAUCUUAAGAUGUCCUUGUCUUCUAUCACAAAUGGUACCGGAUCAGAAAAUGUCCUGGACAAGUCAUGCAGCACACCAGCAAGAAUAGUAAAGAAGAAAGAUAAAAAAAGUAAAGGCCAUCCAGUAAAUUACAUUGAAAAAGGUCUGCGGAAGAAGCAGAAAGUGCACUUGGAACAACCUGCAGUGCAGUAUGCUGUGUUAAAUGCUUCUGCUCAAUCUGAAAAUGCCAUGUUUCAGGACUUGGAGGCUCCUCCUAACAUGUCCCAAGGGACUGACCUUUCAAGUUCUAUGGGGGAUAUCAACUAUGAAGAGACCCGCUCUGGCUUAAGUCCGACGUUCACUCCGUUGUUGCCUUUCUAGGAACUAGAUUUUUGUGGCCUAUCACAGUUCUCAGGUGGCAAGUAACAGCCAGGCCUUGUAGAAAUCAAUGUGUACUUGAAAGCGUGGUGCAUCUCUGUUCGGAGCAUUAUCUAUGGGAUAUGUGGCACCCUCUCGUAGAUUGAAAGUUUCUUCUGAUGUCUACAUGACGUCCAUCAACUGUAUAUAGCAAUGAGAACCUGCACGGCCUUGCAGGUUGUGCAUGGAUUAAGAAGCUACGGGUGACUAACUUGGAUUUGUGACAGGAAAGUGCUGAUAACAUGAUACAUUAGAAUAAAUGAUCAUGAUGAGGGUUUCGGCCAGUUGUGAGUGGAUAGUUUUCUCUUCAAAGGAGAAAACAGAUUCCGAUGCUUUGAAGCAAUCGGGUGAUGCUUAGAGGUUAGGGCUCGAGACGUAAGAAUAUAGAUAUGAUUGCUGAAUGAUGAGGCAUCGAGUCUGUGCUAGAGUAACUGAUGAUGUCUUUGAGUACUGCAAAUUAAUUGAGAGAUGACACCUACUUAUACAUGAA